CCCAAUCACCCAAUGAAACCGCACCGGUUAGCUCUGACACAUACGCUUGUUGUGAGUUACGACUUGACCGAUCACAUGAAGGUAUAUAAACCUUAUAGGGCCAGCAUGAAUGAUAUGGUUACUUUUCAUUCGCAAGAAUAUGUGGAAUUUUUACGGGACGUCACGCCAAACAAUGUGCAUACAUUUCCCAAAGAAAAGCUCCUCACCUAUAACAUUGGUGAAGAUUGUCCCAUCUUUGACGGAAUCUAUCAGUUCUGUUCCAUGUAUACAGGAGCUUCUCUUCAAGCCGCCAAAUACCUGAACAAUGAUGUUACCGAUAUUGCGAUCAACUGGUCUGGAGGUCUACAUCAUGCCAAAAAGUUUGAGGCUUCUGGCUUUUGUUACGUCAACGACAUUGUCAUAGCUAUUUUGGAACUGUUAAAGUACCAUCCACGAGUACUAUACAUUGAUAUCGAUGUACAUCACGGGGAUGGUGUACAGGAAGCUUUCUACCUUACUGAUCGUGUCAUGACCGUCUCGUUUCAUCGUUAUGGGAAUUUGUUCUUUCCCGGAACAGGUGAUAUGUACGAAGUAGGUGCAAAGGCCGGCAAGUAUUACUCCAUCAAUAUCCCCCUCAAAGAGGGUAUCGAUGAUGAAAUGUAUAUCAAUAUCUUCCGUUCGGUCAUCAACGAUGUGGUCAAUUUGUAUCGACCGACUGCAAUAGUUCUCCAGUGUGGUGCCGAUUCUCUGGGCUGUGACCGUUUAGGCGUAUUCAACCUGUCCAUCAAAGGACAUGGAGCAUGCGUGAAAAUGGUCAAAGAACUGGGACUGCCACUGCUCGUGCUGGGCGGGGGUGGAUACACUGUUCGCAACGUGGCUAGAUGCUGGGCAUACGAGACUGCCGUGCUUCUGGAUCAGGAGAACAGCAUAUCUGUGGACUUGCCCUACACGCCAUACAUCUCGUUUUUCUAUCCGGACUACAAAUUGUUACCGGAUUUGACCACUAAGUUGGAAAAUGCAAACACUCGUCAGUAUUUGGAAGCACUUCGACUCACUGUACACGAUCAUCUGAAACAGCUGGUGCAUGCGCCCAGCGUACAAUUCUCGGACGUGCCUCCAGACUAUCUGGACACGUUCCGCCUGGAAAAAGAAGAGGAACGGUGA